AUGGCUGCCAAAGAAACUGCUAUCAAUAACAAAAAAAUGGUGGCUGCCAAAGAAACUGCUAUCAAUUUUUGUACCAAAAGAAUUUCUCUCGCUAAUAUUAGGCCAGAAAUUCUCACUGAGAUUUAUAAAUUUUCUUUUCCUUUUCAAAAACUUAUCGCAGAAGAAGUACAUGCUGUUGCAAAAAGACUAGAAGAAGAAAAGUGCCUACCCAACCUUGAAAGCAGAUUUCAAAGAAUAUUCGAAAAAAGUAGCAUGGAAGUAUAUCAAACCCAUGAUAUUGUGGAAGUACCUGUUGUUCAGAGAUCUCCAGCAGAAAAAGUGGCAGAAAAAAGCUAA